AUGACCGCCGCCGCCGCCGAGUCGGAGCCGCCACGGCCAGCGGCGGCGCGCUUCCUCACCGGCAUCUUCAACUUUGUGCUCGGGCAGUGGCUGAUUAUCGGCUUCGGAGUGGCUUGUCUGUUGGCCUAUCUCUUUCCUCCCCAACGCAAAGAUGUCGCCGCCCACCGAGGCACCAUCCGCUCCGAGUACAGCAUCCUGUACGGCGCCGUCGGCUUCAUCUUCCUCGUCAGCGGGCUGCAGCUCGCCCCCGCCAAGCUCCAACAGAACCUGACCAACUGGCGGCUCCACGUGCUGGUGCAGGGCAUCAGUUUCCUCGUCUUUCCCGCCGUCGUCCUCGGCGCCCUUCACAGCGGCACCCCGUCCGUACCCGUCCUCGUCGGGCUGCUCGCCACCGCCUGCCUCCCCACGACGAUUGCUUCCAACGUGGUCAUGACGCGCGGCGCCGGCGGCGACGAGGCGGCCGCCGUCAUCUCCGUCGUUCUCGGCAACGUCUUUGGCGCGUUCCUGUCGCCGCUGCUCGUCUACGGCCUCUUGCCCGGCGCCGGCAGCAGCGUCGUCUUUGCGCCGUGGCGGCCCGCCGGCCCCGCCACCCUCGGCCGCAUGUACGCCGACGUCGCCAAGCAGCUCGGCCUCAGCGUCCUCCUGCCGCUGGCCGCCGGCCAGGCCCUGCGGUGGGUGUGGGAGGACAGGGUCGUCUGGGCGCUGAACCUGCUGAAGCUUCCCAAGGUGUCGGCCUGCUGUCUCGUCCUGCUCGUCUGGACGACCUUUUCUGGCGCGUUUGAAACAGGCGCGCUUUUCAAAAUCUCCAAGCCGUCGGUGGUGUGGAUCAUCUUGAUGAACGUUGCCCUGUACCUCCUCUUUACUUUGAUAUGCUUCUUCGCAGCGCGGCCUCCGCUGGCGGUCGCUCAGCUGAUCAACCCAAUGGUGGCCGACUCGACGUUUGGUAGAAGAAUGCCCAAUUUUAUUCGUCGCAUCCUUACUGUCCGCCAGAUGUCUAUGGAGGAGACCAUUGCCGUGUGCUUUUGCGGUGCAGCCAAGACUACGAGUCUGGGAAUACCGCUGGUGGCUGCCAUGUGGGCUGCUGCAGACAACUUAACAAGGGCAUUUAUUCAGAUACCUGUCUUAUUGUAUACUAUUGAACAGGUAUUCAUAGCGCAGCUACUGGUCCACGUCUUCAAGUGGUACUUGCGGCGCCUCCAAAAGCAUCCAUCAGAAUCGGAGACGCAAGCAGACACAGAGCUGGAGGAGCGACUACAACACGAACACAAAUAG